ACUAUUCCAUACCAAGCCCUGCGGCAGAACAAUGUCCCAUUCCCAUAGUCUGCGUUGUCUACACAGACUGUUCAGAGCCCUUCCAUGGCUAAGCACCCGGCAUAGAGUUUACUUACAUGGCUCUUCCCACCACCUUACUCAUCCAUACAUCACCUGUACCAGUUGCUGAGGAGAGGAGAGGGACGAGAUCUCUCCACCCAGAGAUCAUUCUUGGUUCUGGCUCUGCUAGCCAGCACCUCCUUCCCGUGCCUUCUUCUACCCCCUCUGUAGUGGGCUACUUAACUCUUUCAUCUUCCCCCAGCCCAUUCUUAUGCACUAAUUAGGCACAGUCAGGUCCACCGGGGUGGGGGUGGGGGGAAUAACUGGUGUUUACGUGGUCAGCUGGCUCAGCUGUGGGUUCCUAGCACUCUGCCACAGCCUCACGAGUUGGAAAUUUGUCCCCAAAUCCUCCCUUUCAUCAAGGGAUUCCUAGUUGUACCCCCAGGCUUGCCACGCUGCCGGGGCUGCUGCUCUCGGCAUCCCUCCGGGGGUGCAUUACAGAGCGCGAUGUUCAUUCUUUAUUUUGGUUGGGUUUGAGAGUCAAACUGUCACAUUUGCUUAUCCCUCCCCCCAUCUCCUUAGCCGGAAGCUGUGACACUGGGGGAUGGGAGAAGAAAGGUUUUCAGACCAACAGGAAACACUUUUACAUCUCAGAUCUUCCUGCCUCUAACCCUAAGAGCAAGUAAGCGGACGGGCACGGCACGUUCUCCUCCCACCCUCUGUGCUUUCUCCUCAUGCUUACGGACCAUUUGUUAGAGACAACGUCAGCACGUCAGCCUGCGAUUUCGGACCCGACACCGGGGGCUGCAGUGGCUGAGGGCAGGUGCCGUGCGUGGGGGAGCUGGUGAGAAGAGAUGGGGUGCUGCAGCAUAAGCACCCGGCGAGCUGCGUCGGCGGGGACGUGCCAGGAUGAGAUGGAGCUGCUGGAAAUAGGUGGUAGCAGAAAAUGGUCCAUUUCGGAAGCUCAGAGUGAAGGCUCCCUCCAUCUCAGGGACCCCGUGACCGCGACAGAGACUGCGACAGAGACAGGAGGUAACCUGAGGCUAGCUGAAGAGGAAGAUUUCCAGGGGAGGAUCAGCGAGCUGAACCCACAGGCAGAAGUGCUGUGGGGGAGAACACGGGAGGAACUAAGGAACGUCCUAUUCACACAGCCCAUCACUGGCUGGGAAGGGAGGACCAUCCACUCCCUUGGGGAAAUAGUAUGGUCCUCACUGGUUCUUAUGCGCAGCUGUCACAUGGAGGAGAUGUCCGAACGGUACAUUGUGCUGUUCCCCUUCCAGCUGUUGAUUCUGUCAGUGGAUCACAUGAAGAAGGCGUUUGUCUACCAGGGCCUGCUUCCGCUGGCGGGGAUGAGCGUGAGGGAUGUGCCGAGUGACACCGGCUGCAUGUUUGAAAUGAUGGGGCCCAUGAUAGAAUCCAGGAUCAUCUCAUGCCUGAGUCCAGCUGAAUUCCACAUCUGGGUUCUCAGCAUCCAGCAGCACAUCAAGAUGGCAAAUGCUCACUGUCCAGCCCACCCCAGCAAUAUCAUUUCUUUCCUGGUUCCAUGUGAUGAGCAGUGGAAGAAACGGAAGCUGAUGAAGCAUCUGUUUUACACCACCAUUCUGAAGUGGGAAGGGAAACCCAUCCAGCACCUAGGACGGAUACACUACCUGGCCAUGGUGCAAGUGGCUUAUGCCAGCAUGGGGGACUUUAAAGAGAGGCUGCUGGCGCUGUUUCCAGAGGAUCUGGUUUUCCUCUCCGUAGACAGAGAGAGAACCGGCAUUGCCUAUGAGGGAAAGCUCCCUCUAGCUGGGAUCCAAGCAAAGGAGAAAUCUGCUGUGCUGGGGCGGCUGGAAUUUGAAAUCACAGGAAGCCUGACGGAACCGAUCCUGGUCGCCUGCUCCACCGCUGAAGAUUAUGAAAAAUGCCUCUUCUACCUACAAAAGCCUGAGCAAAUCCUUGACACGGUGACUGUCCAGCCCCCACCAAUGGUGCCGAAGAAAUCACUGCAGCGUUAGAGCCAUGGAGCCUAUGGAAAAGGCUAGCACCCAGUGACAGCGCUGACUGGAGGGGCCAGAUUGAUGGCUCAGGAUGCUGGAGGAAGGAGCCCCCCAUUGGCAAAACUAGAGAUGGCCCAGAAACAACUUGAAUCCAAACCCCUUCAGCCUGAGAAGGUUGAAUUGUGAGGCCUCGAUCUGAACCUACCCUGUGGGGUACGGUCCCUGGCUGGACUCAUUCAUUCGUGCCCAGGUUAGCUGCUGUUCCCGAUGGCCUGUUGGAACCCCCUGGAUAUAAUCCCGGUUGAUCAGACUCCUUGGGGAGGAAUCCUUCCUGGUUUGAUCACUUUAUUUAUUGGCUGCUGCUUCUUGGAGAGAGAAAUAACCUAAAGUAGUGUGUAAAUAGGAUGGAUAAAACCCAUCAGCCCAAGUCCAAGCCUUGUGCAGAAAGGAGCCUUCCUGUUAUAGAGUUUAAGGCCAGACGGGACCGCCCAAUCAUCUAGGCUGACCUCCCGUAUAGCAC